AUGGAUCGACAAUCAGUGUACUCGACGCGCACAUACAAUCCCACAUUCGACGACGCCACCGACUCUCGCAUUCAACUGCAAAAGGAGCUUGAAGAGUUCGUCCUCGGCUUCAGAUUGGACAACAACUACGUUUACAGAGACCAGCUGAAAGAGAAUGCCCUUCUGAAGAAGUAUUACUGCGACAUCAACAUCAACGACCUGAUCUCCUACAACGAGGAGCUGGCGCACCGGCUCGCAACUGAGCCUGCCGACAUCAUCCCACUAUUCGAAGUUGCAUUGGCAAAAUGCACACAUAGGAUCCUCUUCCCCCACGACCCCAAGGCCGAGAUCCCCAGCCACCAGCUGCUGCUUCAUUCGAACGCCGACGAUGUCUCCAUCAGAAACCUCGACUCGAUGACGAUUGCAAGACUAGUACGAGUGCCUGGAAUUGUCAUUGGCGCCUCUGUCAUGUCUUCCAAAGCCACAGUACUCGAGCUCAAAUGCAGAUCUUGCGGAUACGAGACUGGCAUUCCCAUUCUUGGUGGCUUCACAGGCGUGAGCCUCCCCCGCCAGUGCGGCCGAGAGCGUGGACCUGCGGAUAAAGAAACGCCCAAGUGUCCGCUUGACCCCUACUUUGUCCUCCACGAGAAGUCCAGGUUUGUCGACCAGCAGAUCAUUAAGCUGCAGGAAGCCCCCGACCAGGUGCCGGUGGGAGAAUUGCCUCGGCAUGUGUUGGUGUCGGCAGACCGAUACCUGACCAACCGCGUUGUUCCUGGGUCGAGAUGUACUGUUAUGGGCAUCUUCUCCAUCUACCAGAACAAGGCGUCCAAGAACUCGUCAACGAGCGGAGCUGUGGCUAUCCGAACACCCUACCUCAGGGCGGUCGGCAUUUCUACCAGCCUGGACAAGGGUGCCAAGGGCGACAUGAUCUUCACAGAAGAAGAGGAGCAAGAGUUUCUGUCAAUGAGUAAGAGUAAGGAUCUAUACGAAAAGAUGGCCAGAUGCAUUGCCCCUUCCAUCUACGGUAACCAUGAUAUCAAAAAAGCUAUUCUUUGUCUCCUGCUCGGCGGGUCCAAGAAAAUCCUUCCCGACGGCAUGAAGCUCAGAGGAGACAUCAACGUCCUGCUUCUGGGUGACCCCGGUACUGCCAAGUCACAGCUGCUCAAAUUCGUGGAAAAGGCGGCGCCGGUUGCCAUCUACACGUCAGGAAAGGGUUCCUCCGCUGCAGGAUUAACCGCUUCAGUCCAGCGUGACCAGUCAACGAGAGAGUUUUACCUUGAAGGUGGUGCCAUGGUUCUGGCUGAUGGUGGUGUUGUUUGUAUCGACGAGUUCGACAAGAUGCGCGAUGAAGAUCGUGUUGCUAUUCACGAAGCAAUGGAGCAGCAGACAAUUUCAAUUGCCAAGGCUGGUAUCACGACGAUUCUCAAUGCCCGAACAUCCGUUCUUGCCGCUGCCAAUCCCAUCUUCGGACGAUACGAUGAUAUGAAAACUCCUGGAGAGAACAUCGACUUCCAGACAACCAUUCUGUCUCGUUUCGACAUGAUCUUCAUCGUCAAGGACGAGCACUCCAGAGCCAAGGAUGAGACUAUGGCCAAGCACGUCUUGAGCUUGCACUCUGGAGGUGGUGUAGAGGAGGCGUCCGAGGCUGAAAUCUCCGUUGAGAAGAUGAAGCGAUACAUCACAUACUGCAAAACUCGAAUGGCUCCUCGCCUGGACAAGGAAGCCGCCGAGAUGUUAUCAUCCCAUUUUGUCACCAUUCGCCGACAAGUUCAUGCAGCUGAAAUGGAAGCAAACAGCCGUUCAUCGAUCCCCAUCACCGUGCGUCAGCUGGAGGCCAUUGUCCGUAUAACCGAGUCACUGGCGAAGCUGGAGUUGGAACCAAUUGCCAAGGUCAGGCACGUCAAUGAAGCCAUCCGACUUUUCAUUUGCUCCACCAUGGAUGCCGUCAAUCAAGGCAGUAACCAGGGCAGUAGAGAGCUGAACGACGAGGCGACCAGAGUGGAAGCAGAAUUGAAGAGGCGCUUGCCGAUCGGCUGGAGCACCAGCCUGGCCACACUGAGGCGGGAGAUGGUCGAGGGUAAAGGCUACAGCGAACAAGCGCUGAACAGGGCCUUGAUGAUCUUGCAACGGAGGGACACGAUCAUGUUCAGGAACCAGGGAGCACAGGUUUACCGAAACGGUGCUUAA